AAGAUAAACUGCAGAAUCAUCUGGUUUGCGACCAAAUCCCGCCUGUGCUGUUUGCUAAGGGGAAAUCCAGCCUUACAGCAAGGGGUAGUGGCUGAUAUGCUAAUGAGCAGCCCUAUGUUAAUGAGCAGCAAGAUUAAAAGUAGAAGAGGGUUUGGCUGGGCUGCACCAGGCUCGCGGCUGCAUCUCGGGGGACAGCAGCGAGGCGGCAGCCCCCGGGACGAUGGGCAAGAAGAUGCCGCAAGCCUCCAAGAGCAAAUGCCCGUGGACUUGUGCAUGCGUGAUUUUCUUCCUGACUACGCUGGGGCUGGGAGCUGCUCUGAUCUAUGUGACCAUCUUCAAGCCAGCCGAGUGUCAGACGGCAGAGGCCAGGGUGAAGUCGGAGCUGGCCGACUGCAGAAACCAGACGAGCCUCCUGCAGCUCAGCAUCACGGCCCAGAGGAACACCAUCGUCCGGCUGGAAGCCCGGGGGUCAGAACUGGAGCAAAGGGAGCGUGGCGAGAUGGCCGCGCUCAGACAGCAGCUCCAGGAGACUCAGCGGCAGAGAGACCAGCACCUGCAGGAGGUCCGGGAGCUGCGAAGACAGCUCUCAAGGCAGAGCUCCGGUGGGGCCGAUCUCAGGCUGCACAGCCUGGGCCUGCUGGCUCUGCCCCUCGCCGCGGCCCUGCUCUCCUGAGAGCAGCGGGAGCAGUGUCCAGGUCUGGGCAGGCAGCAGGAGCCGGUCCCGCUCCCGGGUCAGCAGUGCAAACGUGGGCGCGACCCCUGCCCGCCCCCUGUGCCGGGCAGCCGCGUGGGACCCGGCCCGAGCUGCUCGCGCACUGCAGACCCGCCCGUGCGUGCUCCUGGACCGCGCGCGGAGCUGGCUCCUGCCCCUGCGGAAGCCCCGGCACACCGCGUGCGGCGCACGGACCCCGACGGGGCAACAAGGCCGAGGAGGGAGCCGCGCCUCAGCUCAAGCCCUGGAGCAUGGAGGCUGGCCAUGGCCCCUGCCCCGGCUGAGCGCUGCCCUUGGGUGCCUUUCUCUAAUAAACGUCUGUCCGCCACCACGGCCCAGGAGCCCUUUGCUCCGCCGCGUCGCGGGCCGUGUGCGCGAGCUGCGGGGCAGCCGGGCUGGGUGACGGGGUGCGGGCAGGGGCCCCCCGGGCGCACAGACCCCGCACGCGGUGCCCAGGGCCAGGCCCCGAGGCUGGGGCAGCUCCUCGCGCUUGAAAGCUUCAAGACGCGGCUGGGCUGGGCUGGAGCCGGGCAGAGCCGGGCAGAGCCCAGCACGGGGCCGGGGCUGGAGCCGCCCGAGCCGCGGCCAAGGGGCGCGUGGGGGUGCCGGGGCUGCCGCGGGCGGGCGGGCGGGCGGGGCGCGGGGAGAAGCGAAACCGAGCGGCGGGAUGCGGGGGAGGGCGUAUGCUAAUGAGACCCGAUGGUAAUGAGAUCCUAUGCUAAUGAGACGAUAUGCUAAUGUGGCGCUCUGUUAAAGGGGCGAUGCAGAUAGGCGCGCGCUGGUGUCUUGCAGGCGAAGACGCAAGGUGCUAAUGCGCGGCACGCGAUUGGCAGGCGGGCGGGGGUUUAUGCUAAUGAGCGAUUUGCUAAUGACCCGCAUGCGGACGACGAGCCCCUCAACGAGCCGUCAAUGAAGACGAGGAGCCGAGGCGGGCUGUGGUCAUGCUUGCGGCGCUAAUGAGAUGUAUGUUAAUGAGACAUGCUAAUGAGGUGCAUGCUAAUGAGGCCUCCGCCCGAGCGGCUUGUCCUGCCACAGGGCAGCCCGGGGCCGGGGCCGGUGCUCGGCCCUGCACGGGGUGAGCCGUCCGGGGCUGGGAGCGGGGUGCCUCAGCUCCUUCCUGCGUGGCGGGACCCCAGCCCCAGGUCCCCUCUACACCGCUCCCUCCCAGCCCUGGCUCCCGGCUGGGUGAUGCCGCCGGCCCCUGCCCCUGCCCCAGCCCCAGGCUCGGAGCCUUGUGCCAUCGGAGCCGCCCUUGGGAUGCUGCCACGUGCAGCACCGGGGCCUGGGCAGGAAGGGGGACAGAGCCAUGCUGGUGUGGCUGGGCUCCGAGACGGCUUUUCCUUCCCCCCGGAGCCAGCGUGGCCUGCAGGACAGCAUCCCCACCUGCCCCAGGAGCUGGCCUGGUACGAGGCACUGGAGCACCGGUUGCGAGGUGAGCCUGCUGCAGUCCCAGGCCUGGGGGCUCGGGUCCUGGGCAAUGCCAUGCCCCCAUGUCUCUCCAUGAUCCCUGUGCCCAGGCUCUGGGAUGGGGCUGCAGAGCCUGGUCCUGGCUGCAGGGGGGGGCCAAAGUGCAGGAUGGGGCCAUCGGUGCUGGAUGGAUGUGCGGGGGCCAAAGUCCAGGUCCACACAGCCGGGCUCAAGGCCACGCUGGUGGGUGUUGGGGGAGAGGGGGCUCCACCUGCGCUGGCACCAGGUCUGUUUUAGGAUCCGGCAGGGGGUGGCCACCCUGACCCCAGCUCCCCUCCCCACCCUGUUCUCCAGAUGAAAACAUGGCCUGGAAAAACAGAUCCCAGCACCUCCAGCUGCAAAAGUAAGGAGCAGCUCCUGCCUCCCACCCCGGGGCCAUUCCCAGAGUGCAGAUCUGGAUGGAGAGCGGGGUGGGGGGGGUCUCUUCCUCCGGGGCAAAGCCCAGCAGUCCUGGCUCUGCCAUGAACCCCCACUGUCUUGUCUGUGCAGCCUGGGGGUGUCCCAGGGCAGGAAUUGCAACACGGGGACAAGGGGGUGUCAUAUUGAAUGUAAUAGUUUGAAUGUUUGUAAUAGUUGCCCAUUAAUCAGUUUAGGAAAAAGGCAAGGUUCAUCUUCUUAUCUAGACCAUUGUUUUGGCCUAUGCACAGAAGGUCCGGGCUUUGCUCAAAGUCUGAACUCUUGAAUUUUAUCUUUAGAGGCCUUUAACAAGGUUAACCUAAAAAUGACCCUUAAGCAAACAUCCCACAUUCUGAGAAAUCAAACUCUAGGAGCUUUUGGAAAGAAAGGUCGCUGCAGUAGUGUGGAAAUUCCCCAAAGAAACUGAACCCAGCAGAAAUCUGUUAAGAAAGAUCUGAGCCCAAAUUUGGGAGUAGUGACAGGUUUGGGUAGGAGGGGCCCAAGACGGCAACUCAUUCAAUAAAAACUGUAAGCUACUGUCCCAAUUUGGAGGUAACCUCACUUGCAGACCAACGAAGGAAGAAUCGCAAGCGUAGGCCGGAUCAGACUGAUCACCUGAACCACCCUCUCCGUGAACACGAAUCUCUUAGUUCACGCUGAAGCCACGGAGCACCCGAGUGGGACUGAAGGAAGGGGACUUGUUCCUAUUAGUAUUGAGGUGAGCCCAUUGAACCAUAUUGCUGAGGUGAGCCCAUUGAACUGUAAUACUGAGACCAACCCAUUAAAUUGUACUACUGAGGAAUGAAAGCAUAUCUAGGUGUUUGGCUUCUCGGAAUUCUAGGAUUGUAAGUAUAUUAUGAAAAUAAUAGUAUUGAUUCAAAUUUAACUUUGAGUUGUAAUUGUUUCAAAGAAGUGCAUUUGGAGCAUUGUUUCUGAUAUAUGUAGUUAUUGUGUUCUUAAUGUUUGUGGUGUUUCUUAAAGCUAAGCAGUGUUAUAUGCGUAGCAAAGAAUUUUAAAAUAAAAUUGUGUUGUAUGAA